AUGCCCAUGGCCACAUUGCCCAAGCAAGACGGGCACCGCAGUUCCGUGUUCAAGCGAGCACGGAAGGCCUUUGUAGAGAACAUUGAAGCCAGCCUGACCCAGCAUCCCUUGGCGAACUGCCAGAAUCUGGAGGAAUCUCUCCCUCCAGACCUCCUGCUCAAGGUCCUGGAAGUGCUAGAUCCUGACAGGGAGCUGGAGGACACGUGGGCGUAUUGUGAGGGCACCAAGGAAAGAAAGAAGACACCCACACACCUGUGUGAAGAACAUCCUGAGGAGGUCAACCUGGAACCUCCCCAGGCAGUGAACCUGGACCCUCCCCAGACAGUGAACCUGGAGCCUCCACAGGCAGUGAACCUGGAGCCUCCCGAGGCAGUGAACCUAGAACCUCCCAAGACAGUCCACAGGGAAUAUCCCUGGAAGGUCAACCUGGAACUUCCUGAGGAGGUCAACCUGGGACUUGAAGACCAAGCAUACCUGGAAACGGCCAAGGAGAGCUUCCAGUCAUAUUUAUUCAGUUUGUUUCCUGAGGAAGAGACAAAUGCACCAUGCACAAUGGAUAUCCCCAAAGUUCCUGUGUUCCAAAAAGCAAGAACAGUUCGUGAAUUCUGCAGAUGGAUCGAUGAUAAUUUUGGAGACAUAGGCAUUGAUGAAGAGGACAUCAUGAAAAAGUUUGAAAUUGACUUUGAUGUCCCACUCACCACCGUCCCUGAAAAGGAAUAUUGGACCUAUGGAAGGCAUCGUGAACCAGACAUUACUGAUGAACUUUAUGCACCAAUUGCCUUCAAAGAUUUCAUUGUUAUCAAGGGCUACAGGAUGCCAGGUGUGAUUGAGAAGAUGUUUAUGAGGAAGGGAUGGAACUAUGAGUCUGUGAAGACUCCUAUACACCAAGUAAUGAAACUCCUCUCCAAACCCAAAGAGGAGGAUUCAGGGGACAAAGAGGAUUAG